AUUUUACUACGGGUUGCGCAAUGUCAUGCGCUAAAAUUAAAUUUUUUAUCAAUAAACAUUUUUUUAGUUUGAUUUAUUGGAAAUUUUUAUAAAUAAAUACAAUUUUUUUGGAUAUUAAAUUAAUUAUAAUAUUAUAUUAUUAUUAUUGAUACUUGAAAUUUUUUAUUUUCUUUUUUUCUAUGAUAAAAAUUUAUAGGGAAAUUAAUUUUCAUUAAAAUUUGACACGUUUAUGAAGGAAAAAAAAUUUCGUCUUGUUGAAAGAUCACCAAGUUGAUCGUGUCCGUGUGCACCCGUAAAAUUUUAUCACAGAUUUGGAAUUUCUGAUUUCUCAGAAAUCAAUUUUGCAAUCAUGGCUUCACGUAAGAAGGGCAAAAAAACUAAAGGACAAACAGUUAACCUGACAGAAUUUUUAAGUAGUGGUCCUCCUGUUGUCCCUUUAAAGUCAACCAGCUGGGCUGAUGAUCCAGAUGAUGAGUACGAUAAUGGUUCAUAUAUGCCAAAAUCAAGUAAAGAACCAGUUGUUUUACCAACUGCACCAAGAGCAGCAAGAGGACCAGGUUUUGAAGAUGAAAAUAUACCACAUAAUCCUCCCUAUGUUGCUUAUAUAUCAAAUCUACCAUAUGAUGUUGUUGAUGAAGAUCUUGAAGAAUUAUUUCAAGACAUGAUGAUAUCAAAUAUACGUCUUCCAAAAGAUUCAACAAAAGCUCGUGGUUAUGGAUAUGUUGAAUUUGAAGAUCGUGAUGGUUUAAUUGCAGCAUUAUCAAUGGCAAAUACAAUGGUUAAAACACGACGUGUUAGAAUUGAUGUGUCAAAUAGUAGCAAUGAAGAACGUCGUGGUGGUGGACGUAUGGGAAUGAAUCGUGAUAAUAAUCGUCGUGAUGGUUAUGAUGAUCCUGAACGUACAUCUGGUGAUUGGCGUAGUAAGCCAAGAGAAGAGCCAUCAGGUGGUAAUGAUGAUCGUUUUCGUAGUCGUGGUAAUUUUGAUAGAAGAGAAGAUCGUGAAACAUCUGAAAGCGACAAUAAGCCUGGUGGUUGGAGAGAGGGUGACAGAAGUACAUCAUCAUUUAAUGAUAAACGUAGUUAUCGUGGUGGUGGUGAUGAUGACAGACGUGGUGGAGGAGGAGGAAGAUUCACAAAUGAUGAAAGACGUGGAGGUGGUGGAUUUAGAAAUGACAAUGAUUGGUCUCGUGAUCGUAAUACUAGUUCAUUUGGACCACGACGUGAUGGUCCCCGUGAUGAACCACGUGAUGAACCUUCAGCAGAACCACGUGAAAGACAAAAAUUAGUAUUGGCAAAACGUACUAAACCCGUUGAGCCAAUUAUUGUUAUUAAGCCUGAAGAAGCUGAAAUUAUUGAAGAGCCUGUUAAAGAAAUAAAACCAGCUCCAAAAAAACCAGCUGCUGAUAUAUUUGGUGCUGCAAAACCAGUUGAUACAACUGCUCGUGAACGUGAAAUUGAAGAACGUCUUGCUAAAAGUAAUGCUGAAAAAGCAGCUAAAGAAGAAACAACUGAAAAUAAAACAACAUGGGGACGUCGCAAUGGAGAGGGAGGAGGACGUGUUGAUCGUGAAAAAGAAAAACCAAGACCAACAUGGCGUUCUGAUGAAGAUAGAAAUGACAGACGUCAAGAUAAUCGUCAUACAGAUAGACAUGACAGACGUCAAGAUAAUCGUGGAUCUUCUGGUCGUUCUGAUAAUCGUGGUGAUUCAAGAAAUGACUCAAAAGUAAACACUCGUCAUGGAGCUGGACAAUCACGAGGUGGUGGUGGAGGUGGACGAAACAAUGAUUCUCGUGGUCCACCUGAAAAGGAACGCAGAGAACGUGAACGUGAUUCACACAAAGAAGAUCCACCAAUGCCAAAGGCAACUGAUCAACCAACAGUCAACUUUGUGGCUUCCAACAAGUUUUCCAUGCUACCAGAGGACGUUGACCCAGACAUUGAUGCUUAGUCCAACACACUCAUCAUAGAAGAAGAAAAAAAAAAAAAAAAAGAAAUAAUAAAAUAUCCCUUCAUAUU